AUGGCCCCUUCAGCUAUUUCCAAUAGCCCUCCUCCCUCAGUUGCCGACGAGGCAUCUUCAGUGGCCAGCUACCGCGGUUACGACCAUGUCCACUGGUACGUUGGCAAUGCCAAGCAAGCCGCAAGCUACUAUAUCACCCGCAUGGGCUUCAAACGUAUUGCCUACAAGGGUCUUGAGACUGGCAGCCGCAACAUCUGCUCCCAUGUCAUCCGUAACGGCGAUAUCACCUUUAUCCUGACCUCCCCUCUGCGGUCUCUUGACCAAAUCGACCGUUUCAACCCCGAAGAACAAGCCGAGCUAAAGGAGAUCCAUGACCACCUCGAGAAGCACGGUGACGCAGUCAAGGAUGUUGCCUUUGAGGUUGACGAUGUCGAUUCUGUCUUCUUUGCUGCUGUGAAGAAUGGCGCCAAGGCUGUCUCUAACCCUAAAGUCCUUGAAGAUAAGAGUGGCCAUGUCAAGACUGCUACCAUCCAGACUUAUGGGCAGACCACCCAUACCCUUAUUGAGCGCAGCGAGUACCGCGGUACCUUUAUUCCAGGAUACCGUGCUGAGACUGCCAAUGAGGAUCCCAUUUUGCAGUUCUUGCCUGGUGUGCAUCUCAAGCGUAUCGAUCACUGUGUUGGAAACCAGGACUGGAAUGAGAUGGAUAAGAUCUGUGAAUACUACGAAAAGGCUCUUGGCUUCCACCGUUUCUGGUCCGUCGACGACAACGAAAUCUCCACUGAGUUCUCGGCUUUGAGUAGUGUCGUCAUGGCGUCGCCCAACGAGAUCGUCAAGAUGCCCAUCAACGAGCCAGCAAAGGGCAAGAAGCAAUCCCAGAUCGAGGAAUACGUGGACUUCUACAACGGUGCCGGUGUACAACAUAUUGCACUUCACACCGACGACAUCAUCCGUGAUAUCACGAAUCUCAAGGCACGUGGUGUCGAGUUUAUCAAGGUUCCGGAGACAUAUUACACGGAUAUGCAGGCCCGCUUGAAACAGACUGGCUUGGUACUUAAGGAAGGCUUCGAGACCAUCCGCAGCUUGGACAUUUUGAUUGAUUUCGACGAGGGUGGCUAUCUGCUGCAGCUUUUCACCAAGCACAUGAUGGAUCGGCCUACUGUGUUCAUUGAGAUUAUCCAGCGACACAACUUCGAAGGCUUUGGAGCCGGCAAUUUCAAGUCACUAUUCGAGGCUAUCGAACGAGAGCAAGAACUCCGCGGUAACUUGGUCUAA